AUGUCAUCAUAUCGGGAACAAGCAACAUCUAUCAUCAUUUUUCACAUGGAUGGUAUAUUUGCAUUCGCUGCAGUGAGAUGUUCGGCCUUUUUUCCAACUGCUUGUAUUGUCUGCUUUUGGAGUGGUUCUUCUUUUAAAGAAAUAUUUUUAAUUGGUUCUUCUUUUAAUGAAAUAUUUUCAAUUGGUUCUUCUUUUAAAGAAAUAUUUUUAAGUGGUUCUUCCAAAGCGCUUCCCAUAGUUUUUUAUUAA